CCUUAUAUAUAAUGUGGGGGAGGGAUGUGGUCUGAUAAGACUGUUAUCCGGGAUUUGUUCAAUGGAGCCAGAAAUCUUCUACGUGAAUGGAUGUUGGGAGUGGAGAAAAGUUUGAAAGCACAAAGUCUUGUAAAUCUAAGGAAGGCAAUGCCUCACUUUUUGUUAAAACAGUACUAUUUACCCUCUCUAAUGGUUGAAUCUUUUCCCCUUUUGGGGAGGAAUUGUAAACAAAUGUUUACUUAAUCUUUACCAAUGGGAUGCACAAUGGCAGCAACAUGAAAAUCUUUGACUAUAACUCAUCGGUAUCUUACAAAUGUGAUACAACUAAAGAUAACAUGAAUGGAGUCUGGAAUGGGUCUGCCCCUGAAUGCAAAGGCACUUGUGAUUCUCCUCCAAGAUUGAGUUUUGCUGAGCUGCCUGGACCAGUGAACAAUUCCUAUCCUGUUGGGACCAAACUGAAAUACUCUUGUCACCCAGGAUACGUGUUUGGCUCUGGAAAGUCUCCUUUUGUUACAUGUCUUGAAAAUUCAACAUGGUCAGUAGACCCUGAGUUUUGUGUAGGAAGAGAAUGUAAAUCACGAGAACUAGAAAAUGGCAGGGUUCAUUUCACGGAUCUCCGGUUUGGUGCAACAGCAAACUUCUCCUGUAAUGAAGGGUGAGUGGCAAGUUGCUUCUUUUGACUAAUGAAAAGAACCCAGAUUGGUGUAAAAGUGCUGGUGAAGUCUGGCAAAAUGAGACUAGAAAGCCUGCUUAACUUCAAGAACACAAGUGAAUGGGGGCUAUAAAUCUGUAUCCAUGGGCUUGGUCCUUGUUAAGAAUUACACCUGCGAUUUUUCAAAGGAGUUGAAGGAAGAGAGCCACCCAGCUGCGGUUGUCAUGCAAUGGGAGAUGGGCAUCUAACUUGCUCAGGUGCUUUUGAAGAUCCCAGCCUAGAGCCCCCAUGGUAUCAUCCAGCAGGGGUUGGAUCUUGGGUCAUGAGAUUGAGUCCCACCUCAGGGGUCAUGUGGCACUUCCUGACCCGUGCCAUCUCUCCCUUGUUACAGGGGUUUCUGUCUGGGUGCUGGGAGCUAGUGGCAGAAUAUUGCCCAUAAAAUGCCGCACCAGGUAGAAGCAGACCUCUUCCUGCUCUACCAUAGCAAAUAUUUGUCUCUCCCUCCCUUAUAGAUGUCAGUAUUA